CAAUCACAGCCAGGGGACGGUACGGCUCGUUUUCCAUACAGCAUGUAUAAUAUCAGUCUUGCCCGCUUCAGCAGCUCAUUCGUCGCUGCAAGUUUCCAGAGACAACAUGCCUGAACCCGCCAAGUCUGCGCCCAAGAAGGGCUCCAAGAAAGCGGUCACCAAGACGACCGCCGGCAAAGGAGGCAAGAAGAGGAGAAGGACCAGGAAGGAGAGCUACGCCAUCUACGUCUACAAGGUGCUGAAGCAGGUCCACCCCGACACCGGGAUCUCCUCCAAGGCCAUGAGCAUCAUGAACUCCUUCGUCAACGACAUCUUUGAGCGCAUCGCCUCCGAGGCSUCCCGUCUGGCUCACUACAACAAGCGCUCCACCAUCACCUCCAGGGAGAUCCAGACCGCUGUGCGCCUCCUGCUGCCCGGUGAGCUGGCCAAGCACGCCGUGUCCGAGGGAACCAAGGCUGUUACCAAGUACACCAGCUCCAAGUAAACGACUCGGCUGUUAACACACCAACCCAACGGCUCUUUUAAGAGCCACUCACUACAUCUGAAGGGCUUUGGUCUAGUCUCUAAUGUCCAUAUGAUUGUUGGUCGGUGUGUUUAAACCCUAAACGUACCAACCCUUAGGCCUAUAUUUAGUGGUGAGACGGAUUUUCUUGUAAGGGAACUUAAAUCUUCAGUCUCUCCAUUUCAAAGAGCAGUUAAAAUGACCCCAUUAUGAAACUAUACUUCGGUAUUGUAUUUUUAGGAGUAGGCCAGUUUGUUUUUUUGUUUUUUUUUUUUAAUUGUAGGGGGUGAAGUUCAGAAAUUUGAACCAUCUUGUAAAGCUUCAGUUGUGUUGGGUGGUGGAGAGGAAGCGGCAGACUCAUCGUGUCAGUCAAACACACUGGUACUGUGAAUGCCACAGUUUAUACUCUUAAUAAACAGAGUCUUCACUAACAUCACAAAGCCCGGUUAAACGGCUGCUGUAUUAUCAAAAACGAAAAUAAGCUGAGUCCAAACCACCCGUAACGUUGCUGGAGUUGGGGAGACGAAAUAUACAUGUCCGUCUCAGUCCAUGCGUCGAUCUCCAGCACGUUUCUCCCACGCUCUCUACCAUAGAAAUAACAUAAGGAUCUUAUAUUGUUGAUGUCCAGUUGGCUCUUAUAAACAACUUAUAUCUUAUAUUAUGUCUAUGCUCUACAGAGAAGCAGUGGCGCAUACUUGUGACAUCACCAGCAAUAACUCGGGCUGUCUUAAAGAGACACCGCACAAUUACGGCUGCUACAAUCUGCAUUAAGUAAAUGGCAGUAUGUUUUUACAGGA